GGCUUACUCUACAGAGAAGUCACGAACAUCAUGUCAGCUCUUGCCUUUCUUUACAUGUACACUCUUUAUUAUCUGAAACCAGGGAAGUAGCCGCUCCUUCUCUCAUCCUCAAUCCAUCUCUUCCCAGAUCAGGUAGAAAUGGAUUGAUUUUCUCUUUACUCAUACAGCACCUCAUCCAUUGCCAACACCCCCAUCCUAUCCCAUCCCCACCCCCCAAUCGCUCACCACCCAAAUGUCCCACCCCUUCUCCUCUUCCCACCACCCACACUCCACCACCCCAGAAACCUCCACUACUCGCCUCCGCCGCCUCUCCCUCGAGGGUUACUACGACACACCUCAAGCCACAGGAACUCUCGCUGUACCUAUCUGCCGAAUCCCCGAAGUCUAGGCGUCAUGGGAAGGGACGUUGGAACUUGAGAGUUUUUCUGGGGAGGAGUGGAGGUUGUGUGGUUGCGAUGAUUGUUGUCGUCGUGGGUCGUCGUCGUC